CUCUGUUAGAGACAAGAUCCAGAAGAGCUCCACGCAGAGAUGGCACUGAUCUUCUGGGAUGUGAUUCAAUAUCAGAGACUCCUUUUAAUGGUGAUUAUUCUGGGAAUUGGAGGAUCACUGCAGGUUGGCUUCCAAGGAUCGAUGAUCACCUAUGCAUCUGUGCACAUCAAAGAGUUCAUCAAUGAGACGUGGUUGGAGAGGUUUGGCCAUUCGGUCCGUCCUUCAACGCUCACCUUAUUGUGGUCUUUGGUGGUAUCCAUCUUUGGCUUGGGGGGUCUCUUGGGCUCCUUGAGCAGUGGAUUCCUGGCUGCCAAAUAUGGAAAGAAGAACUGCUUCUUGGGCAGCAACUUGCUGAUGGUGGCCAGCGCGCUCCUCCUGGGCUUCAGCAAGAUGGCCAGGUCUGUCGAGCUCAUUCUGUUGGGACGUUUUCUGUGUGGCAUCGGCACAGGUGUGUGCAUUGUUCUUCAUCCCCAGUACCUUGGGGAGGUUUCCCCCAAAAACCUCCGUGGAUUUACCAGUGCCACCACUUCCAUGUUUUGGUGUUUGGGAAAAGUCCUCGGUCAAAUUAUGGGACUAAGGGAGCUUUUGGGAAGCAGGGCCCUCUGGCCAGUGCUGCUGGCCUUCAGUGGGGCUGCGGCCUUGGUCCCCUUGCUCACACUACCAUUCUUCCCUGAGUCACCGCCUCACUUGCUGUUGCACAAAGGAGAUGAAGAAGGAUGCGUGAAAGCAAUGAAGACCUUUUGGGGGGAAGAGCCUCAUCAGGCAGAGCUGGAUGAUCUGCAGAAAGAGCGAGCGGCCCUAAGCAGCACCCAAAGCAAGAGCUUCCUGGAGCUGGUCAAGGAGCCUUCCCUGCGCUGGCAGCUCUACAUACUGUUUGUCCUGGCGGUGACAACACAGCUGAGUGGCAUCCAGGCAAUUUACUCCUACACCUUUGAAGUGCUCCAGACUGCCGGGUUUCAUCUUGACCAGAUCCCCUACUUGGCCUUGGGAGUGAGCCUCUGUGAACUUCUUUCCACUAUCCUUUGUAGCUUCAUCAUCGAACGAUUUGGAAGAAAGGUGCUACUCUGGGCAGGCUACGGUUUGAUGGGCACCAUGCUGGCUGGUAUCACCUUAGCCCUCUCCCUGCAGCCCUGGUUCUCCUGGAUGCCUUACUGUUGCCUGUCUUUGAUCUUCUGCUUUGUAUUCGUCUUUGGAAUGGGCCCAGCUGGUGCCACAAUCUCUGUCAGGAUGGAAAUCUUUGAUCAGUCGUCCAGAGCACCUGCCUUUGCGAUCAGUGGGACCCUGAGCUGGGUUGGAGUCUUUGUGAUCGGAAUGGUGUUUCCAUUGAUGGUGGAAAACUUCCGUCAUUUCUCCUUUCUCAUCUUCAUGGGGAGCCUUUACACUUCAGGAUUUAUUAUUUACUUCUUCCUGCCUGAGACAAAGAAAAAAUCCAUCCUAGAAAUCCGAGAAGAGUUUGAUAAACUUAAUUUUAAGAAAAAACAAAUUCCUAUCUUAGAAGCCAAGAUGACCAAAUUAUGUACCAAACUAUGAAUUAUGUACCAAACUAUGACAAAGUUGGACUCUCAAAUCUCAGAGUCGCAUGGUCCAACCUGCAGCUUUUGAAGGUCCCUUUAGAUGACCCUCCAGAAGCAGGAAUCACAAUGCCCUCUCCAUCCCUAAGAAGUCACCAAAUUAUGUUUCUUUUGUUAUGACAGGAUCCAUAAAAAAUAAAGAUCCUUGUAUUCUUGACAA